AUGUCUUUUAGAAACUUUAUGUGUAGAGUAUUGUACUGCCAGGAACCAACCAUUGAAUUAGAGAAUACUAAAGUAGAGGAUAACACUGAGGAUAAAUCAGCUAUUAAUAUACAUGAAAAUUCCAAUUUAGGAAAUGUAAACACUGAUGAAGAUAAACAAGUUUUAAUAGAUAUGAUCUAUGAUAAUAUAGCUGAUCUUAGAAUAAAGGAAGAUGUACUUACCAUAAUUGAAGCUCAUGAAGAUUCAGAGUAUAUACCUAGCAAUGGUGUUACUUCAUUAGAGGAAAGUAUUUCUUCUAGUGAUAAGGCUAAAUCUAUUAAUGGUGAGGUCGAAUUUAUUAAUGAUGAGGUUGAAUCUGUUGAUGGUAAGGUUGAAUCUGUUGAUGGUGAGGUCGAAUUUAUUAAUGGUGAGGUUGAAUGUAUUGAUGGUAAGGUUGAAUCUGUUGAUGGUAAGGUCGAAUGUAUUGAUGGUGAGGUUGAAUGUAUUGAUGGUAAGGUUGAAUCUGUUGAUGGUAAGGUUGAAUCUGUUGAUGGUAAGGUCGAAUGUAUUGAUGGUGAGGUUGAAUGUAUUGAUGGUAAGGUUGAAUCUGUUGAUGGUAAGGUUGAAUCUGUUGAUGGUAAGGUCGAAUGUAUUGAUGGUGAGGUUGAAUCUGUUGAUGGUAAGGUUGAAUCUAUUGAUGGUAAGGUUGAAUCUGUUGAUGGUAAGGUCGAAUGUAUUGAUGGUGAGGUUGAAGGUAAGGUUGAAUCUGUUGGUGGUAAGGUUGAAUGUAUUGAUGGUGAGGUUGAAUGUGUCAAUGAUAAGAAAAAAUCUGUUGAUGGUGAGGUUGAAUGUGUUGAUGUAAGAUAA